GCCCACUUGCAGACGCAACUACUGGCUAUGAACUUGCAGCAAGCACCAAAGGUUGCCGAGGCAAUCCUUCAAAUGAACAUGUUCACCCACUAUGACCGGGCAUACAUUGGCCAGCUGUGUGAGAAAGCUGGCCUCAUGCAGUGGGCCAUGGAGCACUACACUGACGGGACUGACUUGAAGCGAGUGAUGAUGCACGCACAUCAGAUGACGCCAGAGUUCUUGAUCCAGUACUUCUCCCGCUUGUCACCUGAGACGGCGCUCGAAUGCCUCACCGAUCUCAUGCGCCACAACCGACAAAACUUGCAGGUUGCAGUGAAGGUUGCUAUCCAGUAUCACGAGCAGAUUGGGGCGGUGAAGAUCGUGGACAUGUUUGAAAGCUUUGGCUCCAAUGAAGGAAUAUUCUACUUCCUCGGUGCGAUUUUGAACACCAGCACCGAUCCUGACGUGCAUUUCAAAUAUAUCCAGGCAGCAAGCCGAGUUGGCAACAUGCAGGAGGUGGAGCGUGUGUGCCGGGAGUCGCAAGUGUAUGACCCGACUGCCGUGAAGAACUUCCUCAAAGAGGCGAAGUUGCCGGACCCGCGGCCAUUGAUCUAUGUGUGCGAUCUGCACGAUUUUGUGGAGGAGCUGACAGACUAUCUCUACAAGAACUCCUUGAUGAAGUACAUUGAGGUUUACGUCGUGAAGGUCAACCCACUGAAGUGCCCACAGGUGAUUGGAAGCCUCAUCGACCUGGACUGCUCAGAGGAUUUCAUUAAGACUCUGCUGCAGAAUGUCCGAGCAGCAUGUCCAGCUGAGCCUUUGGUGGAGCAGAUCGAGAAGAGGAAUCGCCUUCGUUUGAUCUUGCCAUGGCUUGAAGCUCGUGUUGCCGAAGGAAAUCAGGAUCCUCAUUUGCACAAUGCCAUGGCAAAGAUUCUGAUCGACACCAACCGCGAACCAGAGAACUUCUUGAAGACCAACGCUUUCUACGACUCCAAAAUCGUGGGCAAGUACUGCGAGGAUCGUGAUCCUCACCUGGCAUACACAGCCUACAAGCGUGCCUGGGGUUCCUGCGAUGAGCAAUUGGUGGACGUGACCAACCGCAACGGCCUCUUCCGACUGCAAGCAAGGUAUUUGGUGGAGCGCCAGAGCCCAGACCUCUGGGCCUUAGUCCUGACGCCUGACAACCAGUACCGUCGCAACGUCAUUGAUCAAGUGGUCAGCACUGCAUUGCCGGAGUCCACGAACGCAGAUGAGGUUUCUGCAACUGUCAAAGCAUUCAUCAGUGCGGAUCUUCCAACUGAACUGAUUGAGCUGUUGGAGAAGAUUGUGCUCCACAACUCCGACUUCAGCAAGAACAGGAACUUGCAGAACCUGCUGGUCCUUACGGCAAUCAAAGCUGACAAGGCACGUGUCAUGGACUACAUCAACCGCCUGGACAACUACGAUGGUCCAGAGAUUGCCAAGAUCGCCCUGGGCGAUCCUUAUGGCCUCUAUGAGGAGGCACGAGUUCGCCGCACGCAUCAACGACAAGACGGCCGGGGCACGGGUGGCCUAUUGGUGAUCGCCCUGAUUGCCCUGAUCGCCCUGACCCUCCUGGGUUUCUGGCAGGUCUGGUACAAGCUGGGCAAGGCACAGCUGGAGAACGGCAGUGUGCCUGAGUCAGUCGACUCCUACCUGAAGUCCGAGGAUGCCACUGAUUAUCUCGAAGUCAUCCAGGCAGUGUCUGCUGUCUCCUGCGUCAUGGCCAUGGCUUUAUCUUCGCUGCGCUGUCACCGGGUCGCCCGGGUCGCCCGGGUCGCUGUGCCCCUGCGAAGUAUCUUGCCACGUGGCGCCCAACUCGCCCACCGGCGAUGUUUGAGCAUCCAGGUUGCGCUUCUUGCUCUUUGCGCUGUGCUCUUCCCCUCGACUGUGCUACUGAAGGUGGAUCCUCAGUAUCCUGGCACUGCUGUGGAGCGUUUGCAGGGAAUCCAUCUCCGCGUGAAGACUUUGAGCAAAGAGGAGCUCAGUGGCGAUUGGCAGGAGGUACGCCGUCGUUUGCUAUGGGCUGGUGGACUUCGAGACUUACCAGAUGUCCCACCGGGCCAAGGCUGCACUGCGCAUUCCUUCAAUGAUGACACGCAUUGCGAUCUCACAGCCAUGCUUGGUGAAGUUUCUCACAACCAGAACGAUGGCAACAUUGAGGGCAUUGCUACUGGCAACCUUCUUGGGCCAGGAAUCCAGGUGGCUUCUUUGCCCGAAUUGGGCCCGGGGGGUUCCUGGAGCACUUGCAUCAAUGGCUGCAACUUUGAGCCACCGCAGGAUGUUGCACAUGUCCAGUUUCGAUCCAGGGUGGCCUUCAAGCUGGUGUGGUGUCCACCUGUCUUCAAGAAAUUCGUGUUGGUAGAUGAUGAAGGUGAGUACUUGGCCCAUGGUGAGCCAACUGGAGAGCUACCAAAUGAGUUCUGGAGGAAAAGAAACUAUGAGCUUGUUCGCGGUGGAAGAUAUGCUCGUGUCGCUGAGAGCUUCAAGGAGGCAGCCGAACGUGAAGAGAAUUAUGAAGAGCUGGUGCGAUACCUCACGAUGGCACGAACCAAGGUGAAGGAUUCGCAGAUUGAUGGUGAGCUCGUGUAUGCCUAUGCCAAGACUGAGCGCCUGAGCGACAUGGAGGAGUUCAUUAGCGGAACCAACACAGCCAACAUCCAGGCAGUUGGCGAUCGCCUCUAUGAUGAGAAGUUCUACAAGGCUGCGAAGAUUUUGUACGCCUCCAUCCCGAACAAUGGGCGCUUGGCCUCCUGCCACGUGCAGCUCGGAGAGUACACGCAGGCGGUGGAGGCAGCGAAGAAGGCCAACAAUCCAAAGACCUGGCAGGAGGUGAACUUGGCCUGUGUGAAGGCUGAACAAUUCCGCUGCGCAGAGAUUGCCGGCCAGCACAUCAUUGUUCAUCCCGAUCAUCUCGAAGAGGUCAUCUCCCAGUAUGAAAAGCAGGGUUGCUUCGAUGCCUUGAUGCAGCUGUUGGAGUCAGGCCUUGGCAAUGAACGUGCCCACGUUGGUAUGUACACAGAGCUGGCCACGAUGUAUGCGAAGUACAAGCCAAAGAUGCUGAUGGACUUCAUCAAGAUGAACGUGCAGAAGUUGAACAUCCCAAAGCUCAUCCAUGCAUGCGAGAGGCACUAUCACUGGGAGCAUGCGGUGUUCCUCUACACGCACUAUGACGAGUAUGACCAGGCAGCAAACACCAUGAUGGCUCACAGCCCAAUUGCGUUUGCCCAUGACCAGUUCCUGAUGAUCAUGCAGAAGGUGUCCAACAUGGAGCUGUACUACCGAGCAGUACAGUUCUACCUGGAUGAGCAGCCGCUGCAGUUGAACUCACUCCUGAGCACGAUUACACCAAAGGUCGAUCACGCUCGAGUUGUUCAACAGGUCAAGAAGGCUGGCCAGUUGCCGCUGAUCAUGCCCUACAUGAAACAGGUGCAACAGCACAACAUCGCGCCAGUGAAUGAGGCCAUCAAUGACAUCUACGUGGAUGGUGAGCAGUACGAGGAGUUGAGACAAAGCAUCGAGGUCGAGACUUGCUGGUGCAUGAUGCCGGGUUCGUCCGCUGCUCCAUGCGUGCGCGGAGCACCAGUGGGUGGCACACCUUUGCGCAGUUCUCGCACGGAGUUUCUCAACAGCUUCCGCUGGGCAGCGCGGGGCAGAGGAGCACCAAACGAGUUGGUUACAGCAUUGGGUGCUGCGGCUCAUGAGUUACCCUUGCCACCACCUUGGAGAGAGGAGAUUAGUCCCAGCAGAGCGGUCUACUUUUGGAAUCCUUCCGGCAAGUCCAGUUGGGAGCAUCCGUUGAUGGAUGUUUUCCUCCAAGUGUUGGACACUGUGAUGCAGAUCAUCCGCGACUGCCUAUCAGCCAGUGAUUUGGCAUCAGCCCUGUCGGCCCAUUUGAGAUGCGCAGAUGAAGAAGCUGUAAGAGCGCUUGAAGGUUGGUCACAGCAAGAGCAAGGUGAUUCCCAGUACUUCUACAACGCCUUCACCGGUGAAAGCAGUUGGGAAAAUCCUGCCGAGGUAGCCCAGCACAAGCUUCAUGCGCAGUAUUGGUUGUUGGCACACUUCGUGCAGCACUUCUAUGGGGAUAUGGCUCUCAGCUCUGAAGGCCGGAGCUUUCUCACUGCGCUGAGAGAGCGAGUGGAUUUGCCCGACGAGGUGAAGGACUACGCUGCCUGGAUCCAGGCAUCAGUCGCCAGCAGCUCCCCUGCACCGCCUGCGCUGCGGCAAGUGCCUACCCCCCUGCGACGGACGCGGCCUCCACUGCCGCCUCUGACUGCUCUGUCACUGAAAGUGGACGCAGCGCCGAUGGAGCCGAACCUGGCAUUUCUGGUUCGCGCACCGGCAGUCGCUGUGCCCGAGAGCGAGGAAACGAAGGCAUCCACCACUGACCAAGUACCCUUUGCGACGGUCAUUGCUAAUUUGGAAGCCAGUGACUUGGAAGCAGAAAGUGACGGCGGCAGUGGCCCAGGAGAAGCAAACUGUCUGUGCUUCUCCGGUCUUCUCUUGGUCUGCAAGCUUCAAGCCAUUCUCCGCAACUCGCAGGUGGCAGAAGACGAGCUGAAGAACGCAAGCCUUCAGGCGAGGCAAGGCGUGCUCGAACAGGACCACUAUAGCUGCAAGCCUUGCACUGCACACAGCCGCGCUUGGAUUUUGAAGCCCGAUACCCCAAGACCAAAGAUCUUGAGGCAGCGGUCCUUAGUAGGGCUUAGGCUUUGCAUGGCCUGGGCUCGACAUUUGCGGCAUGCGACUAUGCCGCUGCCAAGACGUCCCUGUCAACGCAGGGUCCUCGCCCGCAUUCCGGGCAUUUGGGAUUUCGACUCUCAUAUCAAAACGAGGCAGUAUCGACGUUCAGCUGUUGCUGCAGGGAGAUGCGAGUUCGACAACUUCGAUCAGAUUGCUUUGGCCCAAAAAUUGGAGAAGCAUGAACUUAUCGAGAUGCGUCGUAUUGCCACCCUGGUCUAUCAGAAGAACAAGCGCUACAAGCAAGCCAUUGAACUUGCUCAGCAAGACAAGAUGUACAAGGACUGCAUGGACAGUGCUAUGGCCAGUGGAAACCAAGACUUGGCUGAAGGCUUGUUGAAGUACUUUGUGGAGAAAGACAUGAAGGAGUGCUUUGCAGCAUGCCUGUACACCUGCUAUGAUUUGAUUCGCCCAGAUAUCGCCUUGGAGCUGGCCUGGAAGAGCCGCAACAUGGAUUUUGCCAUGCCUUACCUCAUCCAGGUUAUGCGAGAGUACACUGACCGAGUAAAUGCACUGGACAAGAAGACGCAGAAAAAGGAAGAAGAGGAGGAGAAGCAAAAGAGCGCUCCAAACGACUAUGUGCCAGACUACAUGAUGCCCACCAUGGGACCAGGGCUCACUGGCUUCGGAAAUUUGGCACUGACCAGUGGUCCUGCAAACAUGCCAAUGAUGUCAGAGCCCUAG